AUGGAGUCAUCAACUCAGGCCAAAAAAGAAACCCAUGCCAUCAUGGUACAACCAAGGGAAACUGUAUUGACUGGAUUUCCCUACAGACCUCACAGCUCACUGCUAGAUUUCUUGAAGGGAGAGCCACAAGUCUUGGGGGCUGUCCAGAUUCUGCUCGCUCUGAUCAUUGCAGGCCUCGGAUUUAUAAUUACAUUUAAUUUUGCCAAAUUCUCCCAAAGAUUUCCCCUCGUUUUCCUCGCAGGAUAUCCAUUCUGGGGAGCAUUCACCGGGCGAGGUGCCAUGGUCACCAACGUUAUCAGUUCCUUUGUCGCGAUAGCUGGGAUUACUCUCACAAUUAUCAGCUAUAAAGAUCGACACAAUUUCUGCCAGAUGCCUUCCCUUGAAGGAAUAUGCGUUAUAGGUAGAACACUUUUGACUGGAAUUUUGUCAGUCUUACUGAUUGCCAGCAUAGCAGAGUUCAGCAUCUCUGUGACCAUCACAACCUUCAGAAACAAGUACUGGACAAAGUCAACUGAGACUGUGUUUUUCUUACCUUCGGAUGUUACUCAAAAUAAUGAACUGCCUGCCCCAGAAGCAAAUGCCCGAUUAAAAUUUGAGCUUCAAGAAGAGUCUUCCAGUGAUGAUACAACAAACACACAUGCUUUUUUCUUUGGAGGCUAUGCUUUCUUCAAGUUAAGAGUCUCAGGAAGUCCUUUAGCCUCUCAACCCAGGUCACAGCCAGAGAGCGGAGGCAGGGAAAUUGGCUACACACCUGCACCUAUGCCAGAUGAACACCAGGAAAAUAUAUCACCACCUUCUGGACUUUUAGAGGAAGAUACUGAGCUGAGAUCUCUGCCUUCCACAUUGGAGAAAAAACCCGCAGAAAAUAUUAUGUAUGUUCAACCAAGCUAUACAGUUAAACAUCUGGAAGCUAAAGACCUACAACCUGCUAUAGUACAACCCCUAAAAAUGCAAAUCAAAUUGCUCCAGGCCCAAACUUUGCCGCUCCAAGUUUUCCCAUCCCAAUCUGUACGGUCCUAUUUCCAAAAAAUCCGAGUUUUACCACCCCAAGGCUUUCCAACUUAUGCCCUGUCAUCUCGAUUCCUAGAAUCCCAAGCCCUGAAAAUUAAAGGGCCCCUUGUCCCUACAACACAAGUUUUGUUUAUUCAAGAUAUGCCAUCCCUUUCCCUGUCAACUCGAAUCCAAGAAUCUCAGGCCCAGGUAAUUGAAGGGCCUCUUGUUCCCACAACACAAGUUUUGCUUUUCCAAGACUUGCCAUCCCAUGCCCUGCCGUAUCGAGUCCCAGAACCCCAAGCCCGGGUAAUGGAAGGGCCCCUUGUUCCCACAACCCAAGUUUUGUUUUUCCAAGACUUGCCAGGCUAUACCCUGCAUUAUCAAGUCCCAGAAUCCCAAAUGCUAAAAAUUGAAGGGCCCCUUGUCCCUACAACACAAGUUUUCCUUUUCCAAGAGUGGGGAUCCCGUUCCCUGCCAAUUCGAAUUCAAGAAUCCCAAGCCCGGGUAAUUGAAGCACCCCUUGUUCCCACAACACAAGUUUUGCUUUUUCAAGAUUUGCCAUCCCACGCUCUGCCAUAUCAAGUCCCAGAAUCCCAAGCCCUGAAAUUUGAAAGACCCCUUGUUCCUACAAUGCGAGUUUUGUUUUUCCAAGACACACUAUCCCAAACUCUGCCAGUCCAAGCCUUGCCAUAUAAAGGCCCAACAUUUCAUGUCCUGGAGCCCCAUAUUCUGGCAUCCCAAUACAUGCCAAUCCAAGACACACCAUCUGAAGAGUCCACAUCCCAACACACUCCAUCCCAAUACACAACAUCCCAAAACAUACCAUCCCAAGACACACUAUCCCAAGAUACAUCAUCCAAAGACACGCCAUCCCAAGAGCUUUCAGUACAAGCCCCAACAUCCCAUGCUGUACAGUCCACGGAUCAGCAAUUUAAAGACUUACUAUAUCAAGACAUUAGAUCAGAAGUCAUGUUACUGACUCAACAAUGGAAAUUUGAGGAGGAAUUCCAUGUCAGGAAAUCCUCAAAGUGGCAUUCCCUGGGAAAACAAAAAAAAGGCUUGGAAUCCCCAAAGAGGAGAUCAUUAGGCCUGCAACACCAAUGCCAGAAAUCCCCAAAGCAUAAAUCCCUAGACCAGGAAAGCCAAGGCCAGAAAUCCCCAAGGCAGAAAUCCAUAGACCAGCAAAUCAAAAAUUGGCUAUUCCCAAAGCGGAAAUCCCUAGACCCACAAAGGAAAGGCUGGCAAUCCCCAAGGAAGCAAUCUUCAAAUGGGCAAGCCAUAGAUAAGCAAAUGACAAUGCAACAACCUCCAGAUCAUCAGGCUGAAGACCAGCAGGCCCAAGAGGAACAAUCCCCAAAGCAACAAUCCCAAAAUGGGCAAGGUGAAGAUCAACAAUCCCUGACGCGACAAGAUAAAUGUCAGCAGGCUGAUGGGGAACAAUCCCCAAAGGAAAAGCCCGAAGACUGGCAAGCCAAAGGACAGAAAGCUCAACAGAAGAAAGCUCCAAAAAAUCUAUGCAAAGAUUGGAAAUCACAAAGCCGUGAAUCCCAAGACUGGCAAUCCUCAAAAAGUAAUCUCCACAUUGGAAAACCCAAGGCUGGCAAACUUUCUGCCAGCAAUCCCAAGACUGGAUAA